CAGCAAAUACAGGCUAUAAACAACACCUUCUCUCUCUCAUUGUGAAACCCUAGGAAGCAACACACACAAACACCAAUUCAUACUUCACCUAAAAUCUAUCUAUCAAUCUGUAUCUAUCAUUCUUGUAUUCUACAGUAAAAAAAAAAAAAACAUUCCCCUUUUUUACAGUUGUUUAGCGUUUUCAGAUUAAAAAACAAGCCAACCCAGUUACCAAAAUCUUAUAUGGUGAAGUGGGUUUACUCUAAAUCAUAAUGUUAACAAUUCUUAGCUAUUAAAGUUUUUAACUUUUUUCUUUUUGGUGUCAAAAAAAUAUAAUUUUGUAAUCAAAUUAUUAUUAUUUGGCAUAAAAAAAUAUAUAUAAUAUAUAUAACAGAAGAGAAAAAAAGAAAAAUGGCGAAUCCUGAUUUGCAAAUGAACCCUCAAAUGGAGCAGAUCUGUGGUGAAAUCCGUGACAAUUUUCGUGCCCUUGAAAAUGGGUUUCAGAAGCUGGGAAACAUUAAAGAGACCUCCAGAAAAAGCAAACAGUUGGAGGAUCUGACAGGAAGGAUGAGAGAGUGCAAAAGGUUGAUUAAAGAGUUUGAUCGUGAAAUCAAAGAGGAGGAAAGUAAAAACCCUCCGGAUGUCACCAAGAAACUCAAUGAUGAGAAGCAAGAUAUGAUUAAAAAGCUGAAUUCAUUUGUGGCCUCGAGAAAGACACACCAAAGCACUCUUGGAAAUAAGAGGGUUGAACUAUUUGAUAUGGGAGCAGGUGCUAGUGAACCUAUGGCUGACGACAACGCCCAGGUUGCAUCAGAAAUGUCGAAUCAGGAGCUUAUACAAGCUGGCAGGAAUAGAAUGGAUGAAACAGAUCAAGCAAUUGAACGCUCCAAACAAGUGGUUCAUCAAACCGUUGAAGUGGGAACCGAUACUGCUGUUAAAUUGAAAGGCCAAACUGAUCAAAUGGGUCGUAUUGUCAAUGAACUAGACACGAUUCAGUUCUCUAUCAAGAAAGCAUCCCAGCUUGUGAAGGAGAUAGGACGCCAGGUGGCUACAGAUAAAUGCAUCAUGCUUUUUCUAUUUCUUAUUGUCUGUGGUGUAAUUGCUAUUAUUAUCGUGAAGAUUGUGAAUCCGCACAACAAAGACAUCAGAGACAUACCAGGGUUGGCUCCUCCAGCUCCAGCCGCAAGGAGACUAUUGUAUGUAAGUUCUGCAGAGCAUUUUUGAGGACAUUACGGAGGAUGAUUGUUUAAAUACUAAAUGUGUCAUGUCAUAUGAUUGUGUGCUAUGUUAUGCUAAGCUAAAUGUAUUAAUUUUUUUCAUCCGAGUUGUGCAUAUCGUACUCAGUUUUUCAUGUAAAUGGUUUGUUUGGGUUCAUUCCCCACGGUUCUUUUAUUGUAAUGCCUUCGAACAUUGUACUGCUUGAAAGUAGUCGACAACAUACUAUGAGUUGUGUUACAUUA